UGCAUAGAAUACUAAUGACUAUUUGCUUGAAACUACUUUAAUCUCGAGGCAAUGAAGCAAUAACGAUUCUUCACUUAAGAUGAAAACAUUUGCGUCCCUUCUUGCGACAACUGGCUUCUUACUCGCCCAUUGGAUUGACAUCCGCGGCGAUGAAAGCAUGUGCAAGAAGUUUUGCUGCGAGGAUAAUUCAAACAUUUCUUUAAAAAACUGCUGCGACGAGGCGAUUUCGCAUCUGUUACCUCCACGGUUUUACAACUUUGAGUGCGUGAAUCACCUUCUUGACCUUUGCGGAAACGAUUCCACGAUUGAUGCAGCGAAAGCAGAAAUAGCAGAUGCAGCAAAGCAGAAUAUGAAAAUAAAGUGCAGUAUCAAUUGUUCCGAAAAUGUCUUUAACACCUCCUCAUCAACAAACAUUUCAGUUAACUGGACCGAGCCAAUAAUUUGGUCGGAGGAUGAAGAUGGUGCUUUAAAACACGGAUGGACUGAGAAACGUGGAAAUUUUAUUUUGCGGAUGAUAUCACAUUUUUGCGUGAACAAAACCAAAGCGCCCUUACAGUGUCCGAUCACCUAUAGGUACCCUGUCUUUACUGGGAAGGAAUACUUCGAGAAAGAAAGGUUUGUGUGUGGGCUUAAUGCACCAGCAGCAUACUUGGUAAUGAAAGAAGCAAAGUAUGACAUCUUAACAGUGGUUUACCAUUCUGCUAAAGAUCUCUGGGCAACAAUUUGUAUCUGUGUCACAUGGAUGUUGAUAUCAGGAGUUAUCAUAUGGCUGUUUGAACGACGAAAUAACUCUGACGAGUUUCCGCAGUCAUUCUGGAAAGGCGUUCGCGAAGGAACGUGGUGGGCAGUGGUUACCAUGACGACUGUUGGCUAUGGAGACAAGUCGCCCAAGUCUUCAUCAGCUCGCAUCUAUGCUGCGUUCUGGAUGGUAAUCGGUGUGAUACUUCUCUCCAUAUUCACUGCUGAAGUUUCCUCCAUGUUGACAGCAACACAUACAAAACCUCACCUUUCUGUCCUGAAUCAAUCGAUCGGAGUCCCUGUUGGCAGCAAGCAAUACUUUCAGAAAGAGUUUGGAGGCGCAAAAGUCAUAGGUAAUUUAAACGGCCUUUCAUUAGGCUCCAGAGGCAAGGCCAAGAAUGAACAAGAUAAUGGUGAUGCAUUAUUCGUGUCCUUGAAUUUUGAAGUGUAUUAUACCGAUCUUUUAGAAAAUUUCUUGUCAAUGGCAUAA